UUAUUUUUCCAGUUUUCCGCAUUUCUUCCCGCUUCAGUCUCCUCUUACUCCUCCUACCUGAAUUGCAUACAGAACUGAGAGACCUAGUAAUCAGGGCAAACUAGACAAGAAGAGAAAGAGAAUUCAUACCAUCCAACAAACCCUAAUGCAAUGUUAGCUACAGCUCCAUUAAACUUACCUUUUUCUAUCAAAACAAGCACCGCAACAUCUUCACCCAAUUUCAACAUUAUCUGUUCAUGUAAAUUCGAAAAUGUUGGAUUUCAAUUUCAUAAUAAAAAACCCAGAGGGGUUAUAGUUAGGUCAUCUGGUUAUAUUCGAAAGGAUUUAGACACACCAGGUGCUUAUCAAUUAAUUGACGAUGAAACUGGAGAAAAAGUUAUUGUUUGGGGUGAUGAUGAUUCUCCUGUUCCUUCUAAAGAAACUCUCAAAUGGAAGCCUAAUCAGACUAGAGCCAAACCUACUUCCAAUCAAGAAGAAGUUUUCAAGAACAAAAAGAAGAGUAUGAAAAAUAUUACUGGUGAAAAUGGAGGGUAUGUUAAGACUGCUACUGCUCGAGAUAUCAGUACCCAAAGUGAUGAUUCGCCAGCAGUUCGGAGGAACAUUGCAGGAAGCUUUGGUAAGUUGAAGGCACAGAGAGUAAGUGCGUUAAUAAGAAAAUCAUCACUUACUAAGGAAACAAAUGCGAAAGUUGGUCAUGGGAAAGAAGUUCUAAGACGUGAUACGCCUUAUGAUGGGUCGCGUUUUGAUGAUUCUGAGCGUCGAUUUGUAAAAAGAGAGACGAGUGUUGGUGCGACUCAACAAAGAAGUAGCAUAUCAAGGGUAUCGCGGCAAAGGGAAAUGGAUGAUAGAGUGCCAGAUGCUGAGACUGCGGUAAGUGCGAGAGAGCAGGAAUUUAAUCCCAAACGCAUUAUGAGAAAUAUUAUGAGGGAUAAAGGUACAAUGUCAGAACCUCAUGAUGAUGAUUACAAUGAAGUGGAUGAAUCAGCUGUAUCAGUUCCGAGGCGUGCUUCUGAUGCCUCCUUAAGAGGAUGGGGUGGCAGUGUGUCUGUCUAUGAUGCUGCAUAUGAUACGACGAGACACUAUUUGAAGCAUCCUAAGAAGAUUUCCGUUGGACAUGGUUUUUUCAGCCGUAAAACUUUUCAAGAUCUUGGGUGCAGCGAUGAUGUCAUUGAAUCUUUGAGGGGUCAGAAUUACUCUCGCCCUUCACAUAUUCAGGCCAUGGCUUUUGCGCCUGUUAGUGAGGGAAAAACUUGCAUCAUAGCUGAUCAAAGUGGGUCAGGAAAGACGCUUGCGUAUCUGGCACCAGUCUUACAGCAGCUCCGACAAGAGGAGCUACAAGGACUUGGUAAAUCCUCUCCUGGAAGUCCGUGGGUAGUAAUAUUGGUACCAACUGCUGAGUUGGGUUCUCAAGUACUAAGUGCUUGCCGAUCCAUGUCGAAAUUUGGGGUUCCUUUCAGGUCUAUGGUAGCAACAGGUGGUUUUCGACAGAAAACACAGUUAGAAAGCCUUCAACAAGAUAUGGAUGUUCUCAUAGCAACACCUGGUCGUUUCCUUUACCUGCUUAAAGAAGGUUUCUUGCAGCUAACAAACCUUAAAUGUGCUGUAUUAGAUGAGGUCGAUAUACUAUUCGCUGAUGAACACUUUCAGCAAGUGUUGCAUAGCUUUCUCAAUUUUGCACCCGUUACUACGCAGUAUCUCUUUGUCACUGCAACUUUACCAGUCGAAAUAUACAACAAACUUGUUGAAAGUUUUCCUGAUGCUGAAGUGAUCAUGGGACCUGGCAUCCACCGGACAAGCUCUAGACUUGAAGAGGUACUUCUAGAUUGCAGUGGAGAUGAUCGAAUGGAGAAAACUCCAGAAACAGCAUUUGAGAACAAGAAAUCUGCUCUUUUGCGGCUUUUAGAGGGAAAUCUGGUUUUCAGGACUAUUAUUUUUUGCAACAAGAUUGAAACGUGCAGAAAAGUUGAGAAUAUUUUAAAUCGAUAUGAUAGAAAAGGAGUUCGUAUCAGGGGUUUGCCAUUCCACUCUGCUUUAACUCAAGAGGCACGUCUCGCUAAUAUGAAAGAAUUUCUCAAUCCUCAGUCUCCUGAAGAUUCUUUGUUUCUGAUUUGCACAGACAGAGCUUCACGGGGUAUUGAUUUCAUGGGAGGAGUAGAUCACGUUAUACUGUUCGACUUCCCACGGGAUCCUAGCGAAUAUGUACGUCGUGUUGGGAGAACUGCAAGGGGUGCUGGAGGAGGCAGGGGAAAAGCUUUCGUUUUCGUUGUUGGAAAACAGGUUUCUCUUGCACAAAGAAUAGUUGAAAGAAACUUGAAAGGGCAUCCAUUACAUGAUGUUCCUAAUGCAUAUAGUCCAGACUGGUGAGAAGCUAAUCCUCCCAAAUCUUGCGCUGUGGUGUAUCAUCUGUGAUACGGAAAAAGAAAAAGAAUACCAAAACGUUUUCUGCGUUUUGCUGCCCAUUGUGCUCUUUCUGUGUGAUUUGUGUUAGGGUGAUCUCGCCUCAUGCCACCAAAAGCCAGCAAAAGCUCUCUUGUAGCGGGACAAUCAGUAUGAAAAUCUGGAACCAGCGUAUUAGGCAAUGAUUUUGGGGCUUAUUCAGUUCUUACACAACAGAACAAACAUUGUACAAUAACAUAGGUUUUAUCAUAUCAUGCAAGAUUGAAAUUCAGUGAAAUGGAAGUUAAAAUAGAAUAUUUUUGUAUUA